AUGGAGAAUAAGAACAAUGUAACUGAAUUCAUUCUGCUAGGCCUGACCCGAAGUUCAGACCUUCGAAAAAUAUUCUUUGUUAUUUUUUUAAUCAUCUAUAUUGUCACAAUUAUAGGAAACAUGCUCAUUUUCAUAACCAUGACUGUCAGCUCAACAUUGAGGUCACCCAUGUACUUUUUUCUAACCUUUCUGUCCCUCAUGGAUGCUACCUACUCCUCAGUCAUUGCUCCUAAGAUGCUUGUGGAUUUACUCUAUGAGAAGACAACCAUCUCCCUGGAAGGCUGUCUGACCCAGCUCUUUGCAGAGCAUUUUUUUGGUGGUGUUGGCAUCAUCCUCCUUGUGGUGAUGGCUUAUGAUCGCUAUGUGGCCAUCUGUAAACCCCUGCACUACAUGACCAUCAUGAAUCCUUGUGUAUGCCACCUGCUGGUAGCAGCAUCCUGGAUGGGGGGCUCCAUACAUGCCACCAUACAACUACUCUUUAUGGCCCAUCUUCCUUUCUGUGGUCCCAAUGUUAUUGAUCACUUCAUGUGUGAUUUGUUCCCAUUGUUGAAACUGGCCUGUAUGGAUACCCACGUUCUUGGCUUACUAGUCAUUGCCAACAGCGGAAUCAUGUGCCUGUCAAUCUUUCUCAUAUUAAUUGUCUCCUAUGUUGUUAUUCUCACUUCCCUGAAGGGUGGUAGUUCAGAAGGAAGGAGAAAGGCCCUUUCUACCUGCAGCUCUCAUUUCACAGUGGUCGUCUUAUUUUUUGUUCCCUGUAUAUUCUUGUACGUGAGGCCAGUGGCCACUUUCCCUAUGGAUAAAGCUGUGUCUGUAUGUUUUACUAUGAUCACUCCCAUGUUAAACCCCUUGAUCUAUACGCUUAGGAAUACAGAGGUUAAAAAUGCCAUGAGAAAACUCUGGAUCACCAAAGUGACUUUGCUUUUUCAGUAA